AUGAUUUCUCGGGAAUUUGUGAAAAAUAUAAGAAAAGUCUGUGUAUGCCAGAGAAGAUACCAAAGUAGUUUUGUCAGAUUCGAUAGUAUAGAAUCAAACUUAAAAAAACAUGAAAUUGUAUCCAAUGAGAAGAGAGAACUAAUAUUAACUAUUUUGAAUUCCACUGCCACAAAAAGGGAAGCAAGAUCGUAUUUAUCCAAAUAUAGGCUACUACAUGAAAAUGAUAUCUACAAAAAUAACCAGAAAAUUGUGAAUGAGGAGUACAAUUUGGAGUCCCCACUAAUUACGAACGAAAAGUAUUCCAAUUAUAUAAACAAGGUGUUGACAUCAGAACAAGAGAAUAAUGAAAGAAGUACGUUUAGAGAAGCUACAAAUCGUUUAAACAGGCAUAUACAUGACACCUCCUCUGAAAUUCAACUAACACAAACUAUUCGUACAUGUCUAAUUAGAGUCAGAAGGCUGGAUACUUGGGAUAAUGAGUUGAUUAUGCAUUUGGGAGUUGUUUUGAGAAAGUCAAUGAGCCUCGGUGCUAGUCCCGUUAUUCUUAUCGAUAGAGAUAUAACCAAGGGUUGUGAAAGCAUGGAGAUAAAAGACCAAGAAGCGUAUGUCGAAUGUAAGCUAGAGAACUUAUUGGAUAUUCUGGCUAGCCAAAUCAACACAAGGAUAGUUCGUGGAUGUUUUGAUAUUGCAGAAGAUUUGAGCAUAACUACAGUGGUUCCCGAGAUGAUUGUAAUACCAAUUGUGUCUGGGAUAGUCCCGAUCAUCUCACCUUUUGGUGUCACACGCAGAGAAGUGAGGAAGCAAUGCAUGGAUGGAUUCCAAAUGACAAAAGCUACAAUAAAAUGUCUUGAAGAAAACGAAAUGCACCAUCUUCUUUCUGUGGAAAAGGUUGUUUUCAUUGAUGAGAUAGGUGGAUUUCCGAGUGUGGAACGUUCCGGAAGUCACGUUUUAAUAAACAUGAGACAGGAAUACGAGGCUAUCAAGAACGAGAUAUUGUACAAAUUGAGAAUCACAGAAGAAGCGAGAGACAGGUAUCUAUCAAAUCUAGAGGAAAUGAAGGAUCUCUUGAAGACAUCAGACGAGCGCACGGGUAUAUUAACAACGCCGAAUAUGGCCACCCGUGAACAAGAAAAACAAGUGGGGAAGGAAACCAAUCCAAUAAUCUUUAAUAUCUUGACCGAUAGGCCAACAAUAUCUUCAUCUUUACCUGUGUCUUUGCUUCGCACACCCCAGGUUAAUACGACUAUAGUGAAGAAUGGUAUGAAUAUAAGGGUUCACCUGGAACCAGACGCAAAUAAAGGCUUAGAUUUAGUGGAAUUGCAUCAGAAAGGUAAAAUUGAUUUAAAGAAACUCAAGUUUUUGAUUGAUGAUUCUUUUGGAAGGAACCUAAACUUACACCACUAUCUGAAUAGAAUUAACAAGAAAGUAGCAGGCCUGAUCAUCCUGGGAGACUAUGAAGGAGGUGCCAUAAUAACAUGGGAAAAUUCUGGUAGUAGAAAUAUUGCCUAUCUAGACAAAUUGGCAGUUGUUAAACAGCUCCAAGGAAUUCCUGGAGUGGCUGAUAUUAUUUUCAAAGCAUUAUUAAAUAGUUUCAAAGCAGAGCUUCUUUGGAGGUCAAGAAACAACAACCCUGUGAAUAAGUGGUAUUUUGAGAGAUCCAAAGCCAACUAUUCCAUUCCAGGCACACAAUGGAGAAUGUUUGUUAAUGGUACUAAGGAGUUGACACUUGAUGACCUAAAGGAAUACAUUCAAAUCUGUGGCUCGAUUGAGCCUUCUUUUGAUAUACCUGACGAAAAAGUAACCAGAAAGUUUGAUUUUAAUUUUAAUUACAGGGGGGCGGAUGCAUAA